CACUUAUGAUGUUCAAUCUGAGUCAUCCCAUCCAUCUCUUUCCACCACGUACAAGACACUCGCAUAUUCAGCAUCUUCUUUCCUCUCAUUUGUCAGCAUCGCCAUCAUCACUCACAAAACCGUUUCCGUUCUGAUGAAUAAAUGAAGAACAUGAAUAAUUACAGAGAGAAAGAGAGUGAGUUUCUCGAUUGAAUGAAGACAGCAGAAGAAAAUUAAUUAAAACAUCAAUUAUUUCAGAACUCCCCCCCCCUAUCUCUCUCUCCACAGAGAACGGCGAUAUUCAAGAUCGAAUUUUUAUUUUUUUUCACAAAAAAAGUUUUAAGGAAACAAAAAGAUUUUUAAAAUGGCAAGUCUGUAAGGAUGGGGGAUUAUUCAUAACCCGUUUAUCAAUCCAUCUCAUCAUCACAUGCUUAUUUGAUUUUAAUAUUCCCUUCCCAACCCCCCUUUACACACCUUCUAUUAAAGCAGAGCUGAAGAAGAAGAAGAAAGAAACAGCUUUUUGAAGAUCUCAGUGUGUUUCCUUUUCAGAGAAAAACUCAAACUCAGAAGAAAAAAACCCGGAAUCCUUUGUUCUGUGGAUAUUUAUUUUGUUGGUAUUUGAAGUGAAGAAGAAAAACUUGUAAUCUGUGGAUAUAUUACGGAUUUUUUUGAUUGAUUUCUAGAGAUGGAGAAGUAUGAUGUUGUUAAAGAUAUUGGAUCUGGGAAUUUUGGUGUUGCUAGACUUAUGCGACACAAGGAAACCAAAGAAUUAGUUGCUAUGAAAUAUAUUGAGAGAGGUCACAAGAUUGAUGAAAAUGUAGCAAGAGAGAUUAUAAAUCAUAGAUCUCUUCGACAUCCAAACAUUAUCAGAUUCAAGGAGGUUAUUUUAACUCCAACCCAUCUCGCUAUAGUAAUGGAAUACGCAGCAGGUGGAGAACUCUUUGAACGAAUCUGUAACGCUGGAAGAUUCAGUGAAGAUGAGGCAAGAUAUUUCUUCCAGCAGCUUAUUUCUGGUGUUCAUUACUGCCAUGCUCUGCAAAUUUGUCACAGAGAUUUGAAGCUUGAGAAUACACUGCUAGAUGGGAGUCCUGCACCUCGGUUGAAAAUCUGCGAUUUUGGAUAUUCAAAAUCAUCUAUACUUCAUUCGAGACCUAAAUCAACGGUUGGCACACCGGCAUAUAUUGCACCAGAAGUUCUUUCUCGUAGAGAAUACGAUGGAAAGUUGGCUGAUGUCUGGUCCUGUGGAGUAACUCUUUAUGUUAUGCUUGUGGGAGCAUACCCUUUCGAAGAUCAAGAAGAUCCCAAGAAUUUCAGAAAGACCAUUGGACGUAUAAUGGCUGUUCAGUACAAAAUCCCUGACUACGUUCACGUAUCUCAAGAUUGCAAACAUCUUCUUUCUCGCAUAUUUGUUGCGAAUCCAUCCAGGAGGAUUAGCAUUAAGGAAAUCAAGACUCACCCAUGGUUCUUGAAGAACCUGCCAAGGGAGCUAACAGAGACAGCCCAAGCAAUUUAUUAUCAAAGAGAACCCCCUGCAAGCCUUUUCAGCCAGACCGUGGAUGACAUAAUGAAAAUUGUUAGUGAGGCCAGAACCCCUCCUCCAUCUUCUAGGUCUGUUGGUGGGUUUGGUUGGGCAGGAGAAGAAGAGGAAGAGGACGAGGAGGCCAAAGAAGAGAAUGCAGAGACAGGAGAAGCAAAAGAAGAUACAGAGGAUGACGAAGAUGAAUAUGAGAAGAGGGUCAAGGAAGUUCAUGCAAGUGGUGAAUUCCAUCUCACUUAAAAGAACCAGAUUUAUCUUCACUCAGUUGCUUUCUUUCUUCUCCUUUGUUAUAUUUUUUUAGAGAUUUUUUGUUCUUUCUGAAAACUGAAGUUGAAUUUGGGACUAUUACUUACUCUUUUUUAGGAUCUUGUUGCUCUUCUGAAUGUAUGUAUAAAAGUUAUACUUUUACUGUUGCCAUGUAAUUCAAAAAAUCAUGGGUUUAGAAGGUAUUUGUAAGAACAGACUUCUUUCGCCAUUGAAGGUCCUUCUUUCUAAAGAAGAAGGUAGUAUACUCUGUAUCUAGCUUCAAA